AUGGCAGUCUUCCACAUGCGAGGGUUACGGCUUCGCAUGAAAAAGUUUGAGCUGAACAAAGCAGGAACCACAGCUGCAGCUGCUGCUUUGGCAGUUCAGCUGUGUGUGCUGGAACGCGCUGGCAAGGGCUCCAAGGAGCUGGAGAAGAAUGAGGAUAAGACCCUGACCUUCCGAGAGGAGGAUGGCUUGACCAAGCUGGUGCCGCUAAUCCCGGAGCCACACGCAGACCGCAAGCAGGCCUUGUGUGAAGGAUUAAGGUGCUGGAUGUGUGUGGAAAUCUUUUAG